GGAGAUGCUGCUGCACACAGCUCAGACCGCCUGCAGCAGCAACAACCGCUCACCGCCACUGCGGCGACUGCAGCGAGGGGGGCUCCCGAGGUUGGUGUGGCCACAGCACGCGUCACGGUCCCCACGGAGCUACUACCCGGCAGACGCCCGCCUGGCUGCAGACGCCCGGUGAACUGCAGAAGCCACUGGGGUUGCAGACACCCGGUGAACUGCAGAAGCCGGUGAAGAGGCGCCCGGAGCGUCUAGGUCUGCAUCAGCCCCGGCUCUGCCCUCUACAGGCUUCCGGCUCGCAGCUCUCAGCCUCGGGCACCAUGGACACCUCCUGCGUCCGCAGCAUGCUCCUGUCCUUGCCCGCGCUGCUGCAGCUGGUAGCCGCCGGCAGCCAGCUGAGGCCGGACACGAUGCCGCGGGGUUGCCCGUCACACUGUCAGUGUGACCUGGAUGGCAGGAUGCUGCUCAAGGUGGACUGCUCGGACCUGGGACUCUCGGAGCUGCCCUCCAACCUCAGCGUCUUCACCUCGUACCUGGACCUCAGUAUGAACAACAUCAGUCAGCUGCCCCCAAGUCUCCUCCACAGCCUCCGCUUCUUAGAAGAGCUACGUCUCGCUGGAAAUGCUUUGACACACAUUCCCAAGGGAGCAUUCGCAGGCCUUCACAGUCUUAAAGUCCUCAUGCUGCAGAACAAUCAGCUGAGACAGGUUCCUUCGGAAGCUCUGCAGAACUUGCGAAGUCUCCAAUCCCUACGUCUGGAUGCCAACCACAUCAGCUACGUGCCACCCAACUGUUUCAGCGGCCUGCACUCCCUGAGGCACCUGUGGCUCGACGACAACGCUCUGACGGAAGUCCCCGUCCAGGCUUUCAGAAGUUUGUCGGCGCUGCAAGCCAUGACCUUGGCCCUGAACAAAAUACACCACAUACCAGACCUGGCCUUUGGAAACCUCUCCAGUCUGGUAGUGCUGCAUCUCCAUAACAAUAGAAUCCACUCCCUGGGAAAGAAAUGCUUUGCCGGACUCCACAGCCUGGAGACUCUAGACUUAAAUUAUAAUAACCUCGAUGAAUUCCCCACUGCAAUCAAGACACUCUCCAACCUUAAAGAACUAGGAUUCCACAGCAACAACAUCAGGUCAAUACCUGAGAAAGCAUUCGUAGGCAACCCUUCUCUUAUCACAAUACAUUUCUAUGACAAUCCCAUCCAAUUUGUUGGAAUAUCUGCUUUUCAACAUUUACCUGAACUAAGAACACUGACUCUGAAUGGAGCCUCGCAAAUUACUGAAUUUCCUGACUUAACCGGAACUGGCAACCUGGAGAGUCUGACUUUAACUGGAGCAAAGAUCUCAUCUCUUCCUCAGACCGUCUGUGAUCAGUUACCGAAUCUCCAAGUGCUAGAUUUGUCUUACAACCUGCUUGAAGACUUACCCAGUUUGUCCGGCUGCCAAAAACUUCAGAAAAUUGACCUGCGACAUAACGAAAUAUAUGAAGUUAAAGGUGGCACUUUUGAGCAGCUAUUUAACCUUCGAUCUCUGAACUUGGCUUGGAAUAAAAUUGCCGUUAUCCACCCCAGCGCAUUCUCUACAUUGCCGUCUCUAAUAAAGCUGGACCUCUCCUCCAACCUCCUGACGUCUUUCCCUGUAACUGGGUUACAUGGUUUAACUCACUUAAAAUUAACAGGAAAUCGUGCCUUACAGAGCCUGAUACCAUCUGCAAACUUCCCAGAGCUCAAGAUUAUUGAAAUGCCUUACGCUUACCAGUGUUGUGCGUUUGGAGCGUGUGAGAAUGUCUAUAAAGGUUCUAAUCAGUGGAGUAAAGGUGGUAACAGCAGUGUGGAUGACCUUCCUAAGAAAGAUGCUGGGCUGUUGCAAGUUCCAGAUGAGCGGGACCUUGAAGAUUUCCUCCUUGACUUCGAAGAAGACCUGAAAGCUCUUCCUUCCGUGCAGUGUUCCCCUUCUCCAGGUCCCUUCAAGCCCUGUGACCAUCUGUUUGGGAGCUGGCUGAUCAGAAUCGGAGUGUGGACCAUAGCAGUGCUGGCGCUUUCCUGUAAUGCCUUGGUGACGUCAGCAGUGUUCAGAACCACUCUGUACAUCUCCUCCAUAAAACUGUUAAUCGGGGUGAUUGCGGUGGUGAACAUGCUCAUGGGGGUCUCCAGUGCUGUACUGGCUGUGGUGGAUACGUUCACUUUUGGUAGUUUUGCCCAACACGGCGCGUGGUGGGAAGAUGGAAUUGGUUGCCAAAUCGUUGGCUUCUUAUCCAUUUUUGCUUCAGAAUCGUCCGUUUUCCUGCUCACUCUGGCAGCCCUGGAACGUGGUUUUUCUGUCAAAUGUGCUUCAAAGUUUGAAAUGAAAACACCCCUGUCUAGCCUAAAGGUGAUCAUUUUACUGUGUGUCCUGUUGGCCCUGACCAUCGCCACCGUCCCCUUGCUGGGUGGCAGUACGUACAAUGCCUCGCCGCUCUGCCUGCCCUUGCCGUUCGGGGAGCCCAGCACCACGGGCUACAUGGUGGCUCUCGUCUUGCUCAACUCCCUCUGUUUCCUCAUAAUGACCAUUGCCUAUACCAAGCUCUACUGCAAUUUGGAGAAAGGAGACCUGGAGAAUCUCUGGGACUGUUCUAUGGUAAAACACAUUGCCCUGCUGCUCUUCACCGACUGUGUCCUUUACUGCCCCGUGGCUUUCUUAUCCUUCUCCUCUUUGCUAAACCUCACAUUUAUCAGUCCGGAGGUAAUUAAGUUUAUCCUUCUAGUGAUCAUCCCGCUUCCUGCCUGCCUCAAUCCCCUUCUCUACAUCGUCUUCAACCCCCAUUUUAAGGAGGAUAUGGGCAGCCUAGGAAAGCAAACCCAUUUCUGGACGAGAUCAAAGCACCCAAGUCUGCUGUCCAUUAACUCCGACGACGUUGAAAAACGGUCAUGUGACUCAACCCAAGCCUUGGUAGCCUUUACGCAUGCCAGCAUAGCCUAUGACUUGCCUUCCGAUUCUGGGUCGUCGCCAGCUUACCCAAUGACGGAAAGCUGUCAUCUUUCCUCAGUAGCCUUUGUCCCGUGCCUCUAGGUAAUAUGGGAGAGGAUUGUUUUCCAGAGUGGCAAAGCUGCAAGAAGAUUUAUAUCAGAACACUAGCUAAGAAGAGUUGAGCUGAAACCCGGCUUACAACACAAGUAGACGUCUAUAAGUUAGUAUGGAAAAGCUAAUCACCUUAACUGAUACUGGAGAGUGAGGUAUAAGUCUAAACACUGCUUGUAUAAUUUGUUCAGCUAUUCGUCACGUUACUUAGAUGAGCCUAGAUCUGAAAAGCAGACGAAAUGCUCUUCAAAGAAACAAAGUCUCUAGUUGCCAUUGCAUUCUCUCCACACCCACCAGCAUAAACCACUGGGGGUGGGGCCACUGGUAGUGGGGGGAUUCGUGGAGUGAUGUAAUGGGUAUGUUUAAAUUGACAAAUUCCUUAGGAGAAGGUUAACAUUAUAAGGCAAUAUAUGGAUUUUUUUUUAAAUGGGCUACAUUGUCCACAGGGUUUUAUUUUAAUGACCACGUGAAGAUGUGUUUGUCCUUUGGUCAGAAAAGGUCCUUCCUAGACACCAGUCUCCUGGAUGAAUAAUGUGAGACAUUUUUAAUUCAUUCAUACAUCAAUUUAAGAUACUGGGUUUUAUAAGUAAGCACACAGUGCAUCUUCCCCUGAUAAAACUGGUGACAAGUAUUUUGAAAGGAAAAUUAAAUUUUUCCUAAAGCAGUUAUGUAUAGGUAGAAAUUUGACUUAUCUGAUUCAUUUUUAAAUCUCCAGUAUCCAAAGCUCAGAAAGUUCAUUGCCCACAGUGGGCCUACCUAGUAAGCGAUUGUGGGAUUUGUCUUUGUUUCUGAGUGGGAGCAUGCUUUGGGGAAGAUGUUUUAUCAUUGCCUCAGAUAGUUGUGCAUUGUAAGACACUCAGAGGCAGGCAGGACAUAUGUCCAUAAGGCCACUGAGUAGUAGCUCAGGCAACAGUGCCUCCUGACUCUUGGGACUCAACAGAAACUGGGCAAGGUAUUUCUCUUUCUACUUAGUUUGGUUUAAUCUGUCCUUUUUGGAUCAACCAUCGGAUAUAAAGAACAUGACUCCUCUGUUUCUUCCAUAUUAACAUGGGUGUUAGAUGUUUUAAUCCAAAUUAUUAAAUUCGAAAAGUGGAAGGGUUUAUUCUUAACUUCUGUGAUCCUACAUUUCGCUUCAUUGCACCCAAACCAAAAGGCUGUUAGGUAGAUUUAUUUUUAUAUAAGCAUGUUUUAUUUUGAUCAGAUGUUUUAAUGUGGAAUUUUUAAAAAAAUACAUUUAUGAGAUGUUUUAUGAGAUGUGUACAUAUAGAAUUGUAUUUAUUACUACAGCAAAGAUGCAGUGACAUUGAAGAACAUGAUAAUAAACCAUGUACAGUGACAUAUUCUUCCAAAUAUAUUGUUUCUCUGCCCAUUUCCUUUAAAGGCAUUAAUUGUAUAUAAUAUGUGUAAAUACAUAUUGCUUGUAAAUAGACUCAAAAUUUGCUUUU